AUGUCUACUUCUUCUUCAGAUGUUACAGCUUCUUUAGAUAAAGGUGAUAGAAUAAAGCAAUCAAAGGCCAUUAGGAGUUUAGUUAAAAGUAAAGCAGUUAAAAAUUAUUCUUUAUCAGCAAUCACAGCUGCCAUUAAAGUGUAUGCAGCAACUAGGUUAGGUCUUGGCACAAGCAUGACCUACCUUAUGGAAAAUUCAAAUUUACGAGUAGAUCUCUCUAAGGUUGAAUCUUAUUUAAUAGCAAAGAGGUAUCUUGUUAAAAACUAUUGUAUUCUCCAAUGA